AAAAUCAAAUUGGAGCCCAAAUGACCCAAGUUUCAUGGCUGUGCAUACGAGGUAACCAAACCAGUUGAAAAUACUUCUCUCUCUCUCUCUCUCUCUCUCUCUCUCUCUCUCUCUCUCUCUCUGUGCUUAUUGUCUUGCUUUCCUGCUCGAUUUUCUUCUUUUUUUUCCUUCGGCUGCCGAACCAAUUGACUCUUCCCCUCUCUCGUCAAAGGUGUUUAGCUUACUAACAUAGAUUUGAGAAAUAGCUGAUCCCUUUACGUGAGUUUGCCAGCUGAUGAUGGCUGCACAAUUUUUCUUUAUCUGUUUAAAGGUUCAAGUUGUUUGAAAUAAAAUCAGGACUUCUGAGCUAAUUUGCAUUGCAACUCCAAUGAAGCAUGUUCUAAAGCUUUUCUCUCUGCUGGUGGUAAUCUCAGCACUUUGGAUAGGCCUCUUGCAGGCAUCCAUAAUACCACGAACCCAUACUUGGUUGCUCCCAAUCUAUUUUAUUGUAUCACUUGGAUGCUAUGGUUUAUUAAUGGUUGGAGUUGGUCUAAUGCGAUUCCCUACUUGCCCUCAAGAAGCAUUGCUGCUGCAGAAGGAUAUUGCCGAAGCCAAGGAUUUUCUGAAAAAAAAGGGCGUUGAUGUUGGUUCCGAUUGAUGGUUGCUCCAUAAUAUCUCUUCUCAGACCCA